GCGCGCGCCUAACAACAGCAUUAAAGUAUAGACAGGGCAAAUGCGCGUGAAGAACUCAAUCUUAGUUUGACACAGGAUCAAGAGUACUUCAUGCCAUCCUUCCCUAACCGUGUAUAAAUCAAAUGAUCUGGAGUUUCUCUACAGGAACUGUUAAUCUGAUCCGAGUCUUUCUGUGGAAGCUGCAAUCGACGCACCUUUGACUGCUUUAAAACGGAGUUAACCAUGCCUGCCGAAAACAGCGACCAGGAGAGCAUGCUGAGCUAUCAGAGGCCUGAUGAGGAAGCUGUAGUGGACCAUGGUGGCACCAGCUCAGUUCUGAAUAUCCAUUAUGAGAAAGAAGAGCUAGAGGGUCACAGGACUCUGUGUGUGGGUGUGCGGAUGCCCAUGGGUAGACAGUCUAAUCGUCAUCACCGACCGCACAGCUCAAAACACCGCAGGAGAGCUGACAGGAUGCAGGCUGGAAGUGAAGCUCAAGAAGACAUGGACACAGAAAGUACCGCAACAACACACGAUACUCCAUCCCAGAGGGUUCAGUUUAUUCUGGGCACUGAAGAGGAUGAGGAGCAUGCAGCCCAUGACCUCUUCACAGAACUUGAUGAAAUCUGUGUUAAAGAUGGCAAAGAUGCAGAGUGGAAGGAAACGGCAAGGUGGUUAAAGUUUGAGGAGGACGUGGAAGAUGGAGGGGAAAGGUGGAGUAAGCCGUACGUAGCUACACUCUCUCUCCAUAGUUUGUUUGAGCUACGGAGCUGUAUCAUUAAUGGAACUGUCCUGUUGGACAUGAAGGCCAGCUGCAUUGAGGAAAUUGCAGAUUUGGUGCUUGACCAUCAGGAGGCAGCUCAUGAACUGGAUGACAGUGUGAGAAUGAAGGUUCGAGAGGCACUUCUGAAGCGGCAUCACCACCAGAGUGACAAGAAGAGGAACAACCUGCUGCCAAUGGUCAAAUCCCUCACUGACUCAGGCAGGAAACAGAGUGAACCUCAUCAUAUGGACAAGGCGGGUCCUGCUACUUCUCCCCAGCCUCCACCUACAAACCCAGAUUUAAAGAAUGGAGCACCGGAUAAUAGCCAGAUUGAUCUCAGCAAGGUGGACACACAUUUCAUGAAGAAGAUCCCCAUCGGAGCAGAAGCUUCCAAUGUGCUGGUUGGGGAGCUGGACUUUUUAGAAAGGUCCAUCAUUGCAUUUGUUCGCCUGUCUCCUGCUGUACUGCUCACAGGCCUCACUGAAGUUCCCAUUCCCACUAGAUUCUUGUUCAUUUUGCUUGGUCCUGAUGGAAAAGCCCAACAGUACCAUGAGAUCGGUCGCUCCAUGGCCACCAUCAUGACCGAUGAGAUUUUCCACGAUGUUGCAUAUAAGGCUAAGGACAGAACUGAUUUGUUAGCUGGUAUAGAUGAGUUUCUGGAUCAAGUGACAGUUCUGCCUCCAGGAGAAUGGGACCCUUCUAUACGCAUAGAACCUCCUAAAAGUGUCCCAUCACAGGAGAAAAGAAAGAUGCCUGGAGUGCCGAAUGGAACAGCUGUUCCUGUUGAGGAAGAGCCGCAUGGAGAAUACCAUGGACCAGAACUUCAGAGAACCGGAAGGCUGUUUGGAGGACUGAUUCUGGAUGUGAAAAGAAAAGCUCCAUUUUAUUUGAGUGAUUUUAAAGACGGUCUGAAUUUGCAGUGUGUAGCUUCUUUUCUGUUUCUGUACUGUGCCUGUAUGUCACCUGUUAUCACGUUUGGAGGACUUUUGGGAGAGGCUACAGAAGGACGCAUUAGUGCCAUUGAGUCUCUUUUAGGAGCAUCUAUGACCGGAGUAGCAUACUCUCUUUUCGCUGGACAGCCGCUUACUAUUCUGGGCAGCACUGGACCUGUCCUCGUGUUUGAAAAGAUUCUCUUCAAGUUCUGCAAAGAUUACGAUCUCUCGUACCUAUCCCUGCGCACUUGUAUCGGUUUGUGGACAGCUUUCCUGUGUCUGAUUCUCGUGGCAACAGAUGCCAGCUCCUUGGUGUGUUACAUUACACGUUUCACAGAGGAAGCGUUUGCUGCACUGAUAUGUCUUAUCUUCAUUUACGAAGCACUAGAGAAACUUUUCCAUCUUGGAGAACUGUACCCAAUCAACAGACAUGCCGAUCUAGACAAACUAACACUGGCCUACUGUAGGUGUUCACAGCCGGAUAACCCUAGUAAUAAAACACUAGAACUGUGGAAUCAAAGAAACAUCACAGCCUCUGCAGUGCCAUGGAGCAACUUCACUGUAUCGGAGUGUUUAGAUCUCCAGGGGCAGUUUAUUGGAUCUGCGUGUGGACACCAUGGUCCCUACACUCCUGAUGUGCUCUUCUGGUCGUCCAUCUUGUUUUUUGGUACCUUUUUCCUGUCCACCUUCCUGAAACAGUUCAAGACUAGCAAAUACUUCCCAACACGGGUACGGUCAGUGAUCAGUGAUUUUGCUGUGUUCCUCACCAUUGUUCUCAUGGUCCUGAUUGAUUAUUUAAUUGGAGUUCCAUCCCAAAAAUUACAAGUGCCCAGCAAAUUCAAGCCCACGCGUGAUGACCGUGGUUGGCUUAUCAACCCUAUUGGCCGAAACCCAUGGUGGACUGUGCUGGCUGCUCCAAUGCCAGCUCUUCUCUGCACCAUCCUCAUCUUCAUGGACCAACAGAUCACCGCCGUCAUAAUAAACCGCAAGGAACACAAACUGCUAAAAGGCUGUGGGUACCAUUUGGAUCUUCUGAUGGUUGGAGUGAUGCUGGCUGUAUGUUCCAUCAUGGGGUUACCCUGGUUUGUUGCAGCAACCGUCCUGUCAAUUUCCCAUGUCAACAGCCUGAAGCUAGAGUCUGAAAGCGCCGCCCCUGGAGAGCAGCCUCGAUUUCUGGGUAUUAGAGAACAGAGGCUGACUGGUUUGGUCAUUUUUCUACUCAUGGGCUGCUCUGUGUUCAUGACUGGAGCAUUACAGUUCAUUCCCAUGCCAGUUCUCUAUGGUGUUUUUCUUUAUAUGGGCGUCUCAUCUCUGAAAGGCAUUCAGUUUUUUGAUCGUCUGAAGUUGUUUGGCAUGCCAGCGAAGCACCAACCAGACUUUAUUUAUCUACGUCAUGUUCCUCUGAGGAAGGUUCACCUGUUCACUCUGACCCAACUUACCUGUCUUGUGUUGCUCUGGGUCAUCAAAACUUCCCCUGCUGCAAUCGUCUUCCCUAUGAUGGUGCUGGCAUUAGUGUUCAUCCGUAAGCUGCUGGACUUCUGUUUUUUCAAACGGGAGCUUAGUUACCUUGAUGAUCUGAUGCCUGAGAAUAAGAAGAAGAAGCUGGAUGAUGAUUCCAAAAAAGCAGAGGAGCAGGAAUCACAGGAGAUGCUGGUUGAUGACUCUGAGAAGUUAGAAGACCAAAACACAGUGAAGAUCCCCAUGGAGAGCAGACUUCUACACUCACCUCGAACCCCAGACCCCAGGACUGAUCCCUCUGAUAUCAACAUAUCUGAUGAAAUGUCUAAAACUACUGUAUGGAAAUCCCUCAAUUCCAAUCACAAAAACACACAACGCUCAAACACACAUAAAAAGGCAAGGAUCUUCAUUUUUUCCAUCCUUUAAUGGUCGGUUAUUGUUCCACUUCCCUGAAUUCCCCUUUUUACCCACGUGUCUACUACUUUUCUUGAUUGUAGAUGGGUAUUUAUUUCUUCAUCAGGACAGAUUUGAAGAAAUUUAGUAUUACAUUACCAAUGGAUCAUCUGCAGUGAAUGGGUGCAAUCAGAAUGAGAGUUCAAACAGCUGAUAAAAACAUCACAAAUAAUACAAACCACUCCAGUAUGUACAAGUCCAUAAUAAUGCUUCCUCCAGUAAAAAAAAGUCCAUUCCCAGUUGUCAACUCAUAUAAAUAUUCACUGACAUUUAUGUUCUGGACUAUUUUCACUUGUAAGUAGUGCCUGUCUGGGCAGAUUUCUCUUCUGAUUCACCAUUUUUCACUGGAUACACCAAUGUUAUGAAUAAAGGAUAUUUAGCCUGGAGCAGCAGUUUACUGUUAAAAACAUCUUUAUGAUGAAUUUGUUUCUGAUUUAUGCUUCACAAGAUGUCAAUUAAAGAACUGGC